AUGGACGCCCUUCUUGCCGAUAACCUGCACUCUUCCGUGCCACAGACGAGCUCACUCAACGGCACUCGUCCCUCUACCUCGGAUCCAUCUCCAUCAAUCCCAUCGACCAGUUUGUCCUUGACGUCCACACCAGCGUUCUCGACUGCUCCAUCACCAGGGCAAAGACCUCAAUCGCUUCAUCUUCAUCAACAAGCGCAUUCCGCUCCCGGGACGUCAAGCGGCUCUUUUAGUUUCAACCCCUUCCCUCAAGGAAUCGCUCCAAACAUGUGGAAUAGCGCACAGCAGCACAACGGGCCUGUCUCGUUCGCUCCUCAGCCGCAGAUGGGCAUGCCAACCCGCACCGAGGAAGGCCACGGCCUCGGUCUCGAACCUGGCAACCCGGCCGAUCUCAGCGCAAUGACGAGCGCUCUCGAACUGAACAACUGGGCGGCGUCGUUUGGGAUUCCGCUUAACCAACAGUCGUCGAACCCAACUUACGGUUUCACCAACCAACCCCAGUUCGGUUUCCCGCAACAGCAGCAAUCGCAGCAGCAGGUUCCUUCGUUUCAGCGUCCAGCGCUCAACCUGGACACAACCGGACAAGUAUUCCAGAUGCCCCAGGCGUUCCAGCAACCUUCGUCGGCCUUGUCUCAGCCCCCAUCUGGGUUGGAGCUGACCGGCUUGCCGGGGAUGGGCUUGGACGGCUUCAUGCCAUCGGGCUCCAUUUACCUUCCCUCAUCAGGCUCGUUUGAAAUCAAUCCCAUGGCUCCUCCCACCGUUACUCCCCCGCUGUACCCCGGUACCAUCUCUCCCUCGCAGCUCCCGCACCAGGUCCUUAAGCCCACCAAGAGCUUCAGCGAUCUUUACACCAGCCGCCAGUCCUCUGUCUCCGCAAGCUCGACCGAACACGAAUGGGGCAAUGACAUGGAUGUCAAUAUUCGCGCUUUGGCUUUGGACCAGGCUACUCAAGCACACAACGGUGUGCAUUACUCCCAGCCGCCGCAACAGCCGCAGCCACAGCACCAGCUGCCGGCCCAUCUUCUGCGCACAGCUCCCGACGUGAAGCCCAACAUUGAGCGCAACCUGCAUGAUCCAACUGCGCGGAACCUCAUCAAACAUACCGUGCGCAUGUACGAACAGUCUCCGAACCGUCUCGAUUUCGGCGAGUGUAAGAUCAUCAUCAUGUCUCCCAAGGUCGGCCAGAAGAGCUACGGCAACGAGAAGCGUUUCCUGUGCCCCCAUCCCCAGGCCACGCUGGUGGGCAAGCCCUGGUUCACUCCGACAAAAGACGGCUGUCCCGUAUCGCCGUUGAUGGCGCCGCGCGUCAACAUCAGCCUCGAGGGCGAAAGCCCAGCCAAGGAUGGUCACGUCGCGUGGAUCACAAUGGACAAUAAGCCCCUUGAUGAUAAGAUCCACACGCAGAUGAUCAUGCCAGACGACCGUCCCUUCCUUGGCAACGUGCCAGGCAAGAACCUCCACAUUUCGGACAUGGACAGCAAGCGCCGCGAAGUCAAGGCACUGGUGACUGUCAAGGCGCCACUCAACGCCAACCCGCACAACUGGGCCAGUCGGAAUCCGGAUAACGACGGCGCUCUCUACACGUUCUAUAGCAAGGACAUCAAGGUGAUAUCCAAACCGAGCAAGAAAAAGUCGAACAGCAAGUCGGCUGACCUCAUUAUCCAGCACGGCUCGACCAUAGCUCUCUUCAACCGCGUCAAGUCACAAACCUCGUCCACACGUUACCUCUCGGUCCCUGUUGACCUCACCACGUACAGGGGUUCUGAUGGCAAAUCCGCGACUGGGGCUGUCCCCCCAUCUGUCGCCAAUGCGGACCCAACCUUCCAAGGCUUCACUGUCACUGCCAGCAAUUGGGAGUCGUUCAUCAUCUACCUCGUCGACCCCAGCAAGCCUGGCGGGCUGAGUAACACGGCGUCUCCCAACCCGGGAUGGCCUAAACUACCAGCCAACGCCAUCCAAGCACAGCACGGCGCGCCAUCUGUUCGUUACAACUCGACUGUCGUGCUCCAGUCACUCCAGACUGGAAUCAUCUCCCCUGUCCUCGUCAUCCGCAGAGGAGACGACGGCUCGGACGUUGUCGGGAUGGACGGCACUGCUACCGAGCCCAACGUUGCGAGCCCACAUGGCGAGCUCGCAGGGCACCCAGUGUCGCAGCUCCAGAAGGUCGCUUUCGAAGUGUACAACCCCAAGCACUACGAUGAGUAUCACCGUGACCGCAGAUGGGCCGGUAACUGGCUGUCGUGUGACCAGGAAACUGUUCGCUCACAACAUGUCACUGUGCCCAAGGAUCGCCAGUGGAAGCAGAUUCCAGCCACUGGUCGCAACGGAAGGGCGACGCCGACCUCGUCGGCACCCAACACUCCGUUCCGUCAACAGACAGUGCUCCCGAUGACUCCGCACAAUGUAUCAGUCGGACUUCCUUCGAACGAUGCGAGCCCCAACUCGUCUCAGGGUUCCGAGUACUUUGGCCCCCACAGCCGCAAGCCAUCGUCAUCCUCCCUGUUCUCGCCGCUGCAAAACGAAAUUCAGCUCCCGUCGACUGGCGAAGCUGGUCCUGUACGUCGCCAGCGCACCGGCUCUUCGAGCAGCCGUGGACCUCUAGCACGACCCCCCGCGCACCGCAAGCGUUCUUCCCAUGACAUUGGCAGUCUGCAUACGUCGCAGUCGCUCGACCAUCUCGCUAGCGCUACGGUCAACCCCAACUCGAGUCUUGAACGCUUCUUCUGGACGAUCGACGUCGGGGACGUGUGCAUCUGGAGCAUUGUCUCGACCGAGCAGAUCGAGUACUCAUUUUACAUUCCGCCCUUUGCACUUGGAUCCGUUGUACCAUACACGCCAUUCCCCGUUGUGAGUCGCGUUAUCUCGCCACACAUGAGUGCCGAAAAGGUUCCCAACAAGUACAAUCACCAGUUCACCUCGAUGUCGAGCCUGCCGCUGGUCGUCAUGUACGGAAAGCAGUUUGAGAAGCAAACCGACAACACACCAAGGUUCGACGUUUACUACGGCGACGAGCCUGCGGUUCACAAUGAAGUGCGAUGUAACGAAGUAAUGGCCGCGUCGGAGCCCGUGCUCAAAGCGGGUGAACGUCGUGCGAUCUUCUUAGCGCGCGCAGACGGCCAGGUCGUCAUCCCCACCGGCUUCAUGUACCCGCCUUUCUGA